GAACGCGGCCGCGGGCUCUUCCCCGGGGAAGCAGGAGCGCCCGGCCCCGCUCACGCUGCCACACUCUCGUCCCCGCAGUGACUCGCCAGGAUGACGAACACCAAGGGCAAGAGGCGCGGGACCCGCUACAUGUUCUCCAGGCCCUUCCGCAAGCAUGGAGUUGUCCCUCUGGCCACUUACAUGCGAAUCUACAAGAAGGGUGAUAUUGUGGACAUUAAGGGCAUGGGUACUGUUCAGCAAGGCAUGCCUCACAAAUGCUACCAUGGCAAGACUGGACGGGUCUAUAAUAUUACACAGCAUGCUGUAGGCAUUAUUGUAAACAAGCAGGUUAAGGGCAAGAUUCUUGCCAAGAAAAUUAAUGUGCGCAUUGAGCAUAUUAAACAUUCCAAAAGCAGAGACAGCUUCCUGCAGCGUGUGAAGGAAAAUGAAAGGAAGAAGAAGGAAGCAAAGGAAAAGGGCACUUGGGUUGAACUAAAACGCCAGCCUGCCCCACCCAGAGAAGCACACUUUGUGAGAACCAACGGUAAAGAGCCAGAGCUGCUGGAACCAAUUCCCUAUGAAUUCAUGGCAUAAUUUACCUUGGAUAAAAUAAAGAAGUGUCUUUUGGACAAAAUUCAA